AUGUGGCGUACAAGCAUCUUCACCGCGCUCGUUGGUGGCGCGCUCGCGGCGGUGCUCACACGCGAAGAAUGCACAUCGCUGGGGCUCGAUGCGGCGGCCAUUGACUGCGACAGCUGCCGCGACGAUGCCGCGACGCGCGGCGACUGCCUCGAGUGCUGCACGCCACGAACAACCUAUGCGUCGGCGCAGCUCUGCAACCAUGGCCAAUGGUCGCUGCCUGGCUUCUCGGUGCAGUACGAACACGGCCAAAAGCCUCAAGUGCUCUUCUACGACAGCGCGGGUGCCAUGCAAACCAAAGUCGAGGUCGAAUCCUGGAAGGAGAGCUCUAUCCGCGAUUACGUGGCACUCCUUCUCGCGCCGAAUCGCGCCGAUCGCGACGAGCUCUAGACCCUG